ACUUCUCUUACGAGUAUGGAUCAGCUGCAAGAUCCAGUAAGCUCAGUUGCGAACUGUGGCCCACAGAACAGUCGUGUGCAGAGAGCUGAGAGGUCAGGCGAGCUCUCACCACUCACCUCCGUCUCCGCCAUGGCGACCAUCUCGGCAGCCCUCUCCAUCUCCUUCCUCCCGCCCCCGGCCCGCCGCGCCGCCUCCACCACCUUCUCCCCGCGCGUCAUCAAGAGAGCUCCGCGGUUCAGGUGCUGCGCGGAGCCGCCUUCCCCGGAGCAGGAGACCCCUCCACCUUCGUCCCUGUGGGGCGUCUCCACGAGCGCCUGGACCGCGGGCGUCGCGGGGCUGGGGUUGCUGGAGACGGGCUACCUCAGCUACCUCAAGCUCACGGGCUCCGAGGCCUUCUGCCCCGUCGGCGGCGGAGGCUGCGGCGACGUGCUCGACAGCGACUAUUCGGUCGUCUUUGGGAUCCCUCUUCCAUUAGUUGGUAUGCUGGCAUAUGGUUUGGUUGCCGCGCUUUCUCUGCAAGAAAACAGCGAGGAGUUACUCCCUGGACUUGAUGACUUGGAUAUCCGCUUGACCUUGCUUCUGCUCGCUACUUCGUUGGCGACCGCGAGUGCUUAUUUCCUUUUCAUUCUCAACACCAAAUUUGUUGGGACCUCUUGUGUAUACUGCCUAUCUUCAGCAUUUAUCUCCUUCACGUUAUUUUUCAUCAGAAUAAAGGUAUUCUUGCAGGACAUUGGCUUGGCACGCAUCCAGAAGUUUGUUGGUCUUCAGUUAGCUGUAGCUGUGAUUGUUGCUCUUUCUUUAACGAACUCCUAUAGUUCAGCUACUACUCAGUUGAAGGGCACAGAUGAUUUUGUAUUAGAACCAUACAAAAUAGAGGUAACAGCAGAAUCAACCCCUUUUGCGAUCUCACUGGCAAAACAUCUACACUCCAUAGGUGCAAAGAUGUAUGGAGCGUUCUGGUGUUCUCAUUGCAAUGAACAAAAACAGAUGUUUGGUCGUGAAGCUAUGGAAGUUCUGGAUUAUGUGGAAUGCUUCCCAAACGGAGCCGGUAAGGGAAAGAAAAUGGCCAACGAAUGUGCAGCCACUGGUCUAGAAGGUUUUCCAACAUGGAUCAUCAACGGCAAACUCCUGAGCGGUGACAAGGAACUCUCAGUUCUCGCAGAAGAAUCAGGUUUUGUCUCCGAGGUCCCCGAACAAUCUUAAGGCCAUGAACCACGACCAGAAGCAUCCCCACCAAAUCGAAACAUGGAAGCAUCGUUGAGAGCUCUCUGGAGGCAAGAGUCUGAAGCUGGUGGUAGUUCACAGCAAUGCCACAACAUAUUCAUCAAGCUCGAGGCUAGGAGUUCUCUUCCAGUGUGCAUAGAUUUACUAAAUUCACCCACUAAUCAUUGUAAUAUGUAAAUCUCUACUUGUUCACUCAUGCACAGAAUGAGAAAAUAGAAGAACCUCGGAGGAACAUGUACAACCUUUUUGUAGUCUGUAGUUUGUGCUGUAAAACGUUGGUAGGUGGCUGGGAAACCACACAUAUUUUCGUCCUCCUAGUAUACUCUGCACUUGGACAUCUGCACUACUACAGAAGUGCAUUGUGUAAAACAUGUCAGUCACCCUUUGACACGCUCCCGAGUUUCCUUAUGGACUUGGCUGAAUGGGAGAUCAGUUUGAACUUGAUGUUCAGAUAUAAA